GUAUCUUAAAUAGUGACAGAAUCUCUCUCUCUCUCUCUAUACUCCACUCGUCUCUGGUUUACCAAAUGCUUCACCGUUUCCGUUAAUGGUUUAGGGUUUCGUAAUUCGCAUCACAAGAUGCAAUUAGCACUCUUCAAUUCCAAUUCUCCUUUGCAAAAUAUGAAUUGAUUCAACAUCUUCUUCUUCUUUUUUGUGGUGGCAGUUGUGAUAUGGAAAUGUAUGAUGCUUCCGAAACUAGGAACCUGGAUGCUUACUGGAUUGAAGGUGCUGAUUUAAAUUCACACUUCACAAGCCCAAACUUUGAACAAACUGGAGCAAUGGUUAAUGAAGGAGCCCCUGAGUUUGUUGACCAGAGCAUGUAUUACCCUGCUGCCACCAAUUAUGGGUAUUACUGUACAGGAUUUGAAUCACCCGGGGAAUGGGAGGACCAGCAAAGAAUUUUUGGUACAGAUGGCCCUGCUGUUCAGUACACGGGUGUACAAAAUGAAAAUUUUCCAUAUGUAUAUUAUAGCUAUGGAUAUUCACAGUCUCCAUACAAUCCAUAUAAUCCGUACAUACCUGGUGCUGUGAUAGGAGUUGAUGGCUCAUUUGGCGGAGGACAACAUUAUUACACCCUCCCCAAUUAUCAAAAUCAUGUUUCUUCACCUGCUUAUGUUCCCGUUGUUCAACAAGGCAAUUUUCCUGAUAGUUCUGCCGACUCGUUGUUUGGAACCAGAUCUUCUGUCAGUAGACCUGAUGGAAGAGGUUUGAAACAUAAGUUCAAUUCAGCUUCUGGUAACUUUUCUAGGAACUCGUCAAAACUUUUAGCAAAUCAGACAAGUUCCUUGGCCAGGGUAUCAGAAGGGCUGAGAGCUAAUGAUGGGAGGAAACAGGAUUUGACCCAUGCAAGUGUUUCUGGGAGUAGGUUUCUCAACUUAGCUUCAUCAGCUGUUCAUCAGGGUAGAAGUUCUGAUGGCUCAGUGCAACCUGUAGAUACUAUUUCUAAUGGGAAUGUUAUUUCUCAUCCUAAUCAAUUGAAUAAUAAUCAAUUGAAAGUAGCUUCUUCAAGAAGUGGAUUUUCUGAAUUUGCAUCAAAUGCUAAUGGGCAGUCUGCAGUUGCUAAACUUAGGCCGAAGGCUGACAUUAGCAAAGUUUCGAGUGAUGGAAAUGGAAGCUCUGAAGUAUUGGGAGAGCAAAAUCGAGGCCCUAGGACUAGUAGAUCAAAACAUCAGCUGUCCGUGAAAGCUUAUACAACCAAGGUAGGAGGUGGUAACGAGGAAGGGAACAUCAUCAUUUAUACCGAUCAAUACAACAAAGAGGAUUUCCCUCUUGACUAUGAUAAUGCAAAGUUUUUUGUUAUAAAAUCAUACAGCGAGGAUGAUGUGCACAAAAGCAUCAAAUACAAUGUGUGGUCUUCUACACCUCAUGGAAACAAGAAGCUGGAAAAUGCUUAUGAGGAUUCAAAGAAAGUAUCAGCUGAAAAACCCGGAGUCUGUCCUAUCUUCCUAUUUUUUUCUGUUAAUGCCAGUGGUCAAUUCUGCGGAGUUGCAGAGAUGAUUGGUUCAGUUGAUUUUAAUCAGGAUAUGGAUUUUUGGCAGCAAGAUAAAUGGAGUGGGAGCUUUCCUGUAAAGUGGCACAUGAUAAAAGAUGUACCAAAUGGAAAUUUUAGGCACAUUAUACUAGAGAACAAUGAAAACAAGCCAGUAACUAAUAGCAGAGAUACACAAGAGAUAACGUAUCGCAAAGGAUUGGAAAUGCUGAAAAUAUUCAAAAGUCAUACCUUGAAGACAUCUUUGCUUGAUGACUUUAUGUAUUAUGAACAUCGUCAGAAGAUCAUGCAGGAUGAGAAAGCCAAGCUCCUCAUCAGAAGUUUUGAAAGUCCAGUAUUCAUACCAUUUCCAGCACUGGAAGAUCCUCAUAAGUUGAAUUUUGUUGUUGGCAAACCACCCAACAAAUAUGAGAAGAAUUUGAAGUUCAAGGAUGAUUCUGAUAGCUUAAAACAGAUACCAAUUUCGAGCCCUGCACAGAACUUCAAUAGUUCUGAUGUCCCUAACAUCAAGUAUGUAAAUGAGCAAGCUGAGAAAAUUGCAGUUGAUGAAGAAGAUAUUUCCUCUAUCUUAAAGAUCGGUUCAGUCACUAUUACUCCUAAGCAGGUUGAGACAAAACAAUCUGGCAUUGGUAACAGAGAACCAAUUGAUGUUCUUACAGUAGGCUCAAUGCCAGUCAAAGUUAAUGGGUUAUCUGGUUCUUCUGGUUUCUUGAAAGUUGGCAGUAUACAACUUGACCCAAAAGUAUUACAACAGUAAAAAGGAUACACUCCUGCUAAAAGGAGACAACUUUUCUGUAUGCUUUUUGAUUCGUUGGAUGGUUCAGUCAAGUUGGAUCAAUGCCUGUUGAUUGUAUCAUGCAGCAGGGAAGCUGUUUCUUUUUUUAAUCAGAUUAUGUGGCUAAUGCUUUUGAUACAAGGCCCUUCCUAUUGUCAUCGGUUUUCACAGCGGUGUUGAUUGUGUUUUCUCCAAAAAUUAUUGUCUUUGCUUUUGCAUACAUACUUGGGUUUGUUUUCUUCUGUAUGCUUUUUGAUUCGUUGGAUGGUUCAGUCAAGUUGGAUCAAUGCCUGUUGAUUGUAUCAUGCAGCAGGGAAGCUGUUUCUUUUUUUAAUCAGAUUAUGUGGCUAAUGCUUUUGAUACAAGGCCCUUCCUAUUGUCAUCGGUUUUCACAGCGGUGUUGAUUGUGUUUUCUCCAAAAAUUAUUGUCUUUGCUUUUGCAUACAUACUUGGGUUUGUUUUCUUCUGUAUGCUUUUUGAUUCGUUGGAUGGUUCAGUCAAGUUGGAUCAAUGCCUGUUGAUUGUAUCAUGCAGCAGGGAAGCUGUUUCUUUUUUUAAUCAGAUUAUGUGGCUAAUGCUUUUGAUACAAGGCCCUUCCUAUUGUCAUCGGUUUUCACAGCGGUGUUGAUUGUGUUUUCUCCAAAAAUUAUUGUCUUUGCUUUUGCAUACAUACUUGGGUUUGUUUUCUUUAAUGCAAAUUUCAUCCAAUCUUUGUUGAGAAGCAUGCGAAAGCUUCUCACCAGUUUCAUUUUAUGCAAUUGUUAUAUUUUGACAAGAUCUUGUUGUGUUAAGAAUGUAUGUAUUCCAUUUCGAUUCUGAUUGGGUUCUGAAGGUGACAAAAUGUAGUGUAUGACUGAAUGACCUUGUUUUUGCUAAUAGUAAAUUCUUUUGGUUUA